AUGGAUGAGACUCUGAAGCCUGUGAGGAUUCCUCCUCAGAUGAGCGUUUAUGCUGACAAACACCACCUGUCUCACCUGAUGCAGAGCCUGCUGGCCUCUCUGGUUCUGGACCGACCCGAUGAUCCGAUCUCUUACCUGAUCGACCUGCUGAAAAGGAGCAGCUUGAACAUCCCCAGGGUGAUGCUGCUCGGUCCUCCUGCUGUCGGCAAACGCACGCUGGCCAAGAGGCUGAGCGCCAUGCUGGGUGCCGUGCACGUGACCUCAGAGGAUCUCCUGCUGGACCAAUCAGAGCUGAGUACGCUCAGCGAGCAGGAAGUUUCUGCUGAGGUCCUGGUCCAGUUGGUCCAACAGAGACUGAAGAAGACAGACUGUCUCCACCAGGGCUGGGUUCUGGACGGGGUCCCUCAAACUCGUCUGCAGGUUCUGCUCCUCCAGCAGGCCGGGAUCAUCCCAGAACACACUGUGAUGCUGGAGGCGCCUGACAGCGUUCUGCUGGAGAGGCGCCGCGGGAGGCUCGUGGACCCGCUGACAGGAGACAUCUACCAUGAGACCUUCAUCUGGCCAUCUGACAACACCAUCGCUCGACGCCUGGAGAGGGGGUGUGGCCUGUCAGAGGAGCAGUCAUUGGCUGAGCUGCAGCGUUACCGCUGUGAGGUCACAAGUCUGAGGUCGGCCUAUCAGCAUGUCCUGAAGGUCAUCAACGCCGACCAACAUCACGCUGACAUCUACCAUCAAGUUUUGGCUUUUGUUCAAACUCAACAUUACUCCAGAACUCCCAGAAUCCUCUUGCUGGGUCCUCCCGGCUCUGGGAAGAGCCUUCAGGCCCGGCUGCUGUCAGAGAAGUACAAGAUGGUGGACGUGUGCUGUGCUCAGCUGCUGAGGUCCGCAACAGCUGAUGGUUCUGGUCUGGGAGCAGAGGUCCAGCUGUACUUGGAUGACAGACGUCCAGUUCCAGACUCCCUGGUCCUGCGGGUCCUAGAGGAGCGCCUGAGCCGAGUGGACUGCAGCUGCAGGGGCUGGGUUCUGCACUGCGACCCGCAACAGGCCCGAGUCCUGCAGGAGUCCCAGCACCGACCCAACAGGGUCUUCCUCCUGGAGGCGACGGACGACGUUUGUUUGGAGAGAAUCUCUCUGAGAGCCACAGAUCCGCUCAGCGGGGAGAGGUACCACACUGUGACCCGACCGGCUCCGAGCGCCGAGGUCCAGAACCGACUGCAGACGGCACCUGACGAUGACCUGGACGUCGUGACUCUGAGGCUGAAACAGUACCGGGUCCGAUCUGCUGGCCUGCAGUCUGUGUAUCCAGAUGCAGUCCACGUUGUGGCAGAUCAGAACCCCCACUCUGUGUUCGAGGCUCUGGAGAGUCGCCUGACCACCAACUAACACCUCGACUCUCCUGGACCCACCUGGACC